AUGAUGAAGAAUAAUGACCCGUCCUUUUCCGGCGGUGAUCUGCCUUGCCGCGUUCUCUCCUUCAGCCCGACGGGGCAGGCGCAAGGUUACAGGGUGAGCAGAGAGCACCUUGUGCCCUCUUUUGUGCGGUCCAUUAUGACAGGAGGAAACGACUUCGACAGUGAGACGCAUCCUCCUUCUGGCCUGCUUCUCGUCGGACAGCUCGUCCUGCCCGCAGGAAGCGGCAGCCGAGACUUCCGCGUCUGGCCCUUUCCCGUCACCGCCUCCCAGACGGCCGUGUGA